CGCAUCUCCCCUUCCUCCUCCUCCUCCUCGGCCUCCGCCACCGCCCCGAACCCUAACCCUCCCCGGCGGCCAGCGAUGGGCGCCGUCGCCUCCACGGUGGCGGCGCGCUUCGCCUUCUUCCCGCCCUCCCCGCCCUCCUACGGCGUCGAGCCGCCGCCCUCGCCCGCGGCCGCCGCCGCCGACGGCGCGGUGGUGGAGCUCAGCGGGGUGCCCCGCCGCGGCGGCGUCGAGGCGCGCCGGCUGCCCACCAAGCGCGGCACGGAGGUCGUCGCCAUGUACGUGCGCCAGCCCGGGGCGCGCCUCACCCUGCUCUACUCCCACGGCAACGCCGCCGACCUGGGCCAGAUGUACGAGCUCUUCGUCGAGCUCAGCUCCCACCUCAACGUCAACCUCAUGGGUUACGAUUAUUCUGGGUAUGGGCAAUCUUCUGGGAAGCCAAGUGAGCAGAAUACAUAUGCAGAUAUAGAGGCUGCUUAUAGGUGUCUCAUAGAAACUUAUGGUACCUCUGAGGAGAACAUCAUUCUGUAUGGUCAAUCAGUCGGCAGUGGUCCUACUCUGGAUUUGGCUUCUCGUUUGCCUCAUUUAAGAGCAGUUGUUCUACACAGCCCAAUUUCAUCUGGGUUGAGAGUAAUGUAUCCUGUGAAACAUACAUACUGGUUUGACAUAUAUAAGAACAUUGACAAAGUUCCAUUGGUCAAAUGUCCUGUGUUAGUAAUCCAUGGUACAGCUGAUGACGUUGUGGACUGUACUCAUGGGAGAGCACUGUGGGAACUCUCGAAAGUAAAGUAUGAGCCUCUGUGGGUUAAAGGGGGAAACCAUUGUAAUUUGGAGCUCUAUCCGGAAUACAUUAAGCACCUAAAGAAGUUCGUCUCAGCCAUAGAGAAGUCACCACCACUGAAAGAUGAAUCUCCAGAAAGCUCAGGUCCUUCAGAUCUCGAUACGGGAUCUGAAAGUAUGGAGAGUUCAAGGAGAAGCACGGAUGUCAGGGAAAAAUCAAGGUCAAGCACUGAUCACAGGCGGAGCACGGACCAACGGGAGAAACCAAGGGGCAGCGUAGAUAGGAGGGAUAAAAGCAGAAAGAGUGUAGAUCAUCCUGACAAGCCGAGGCCUAGUGUGGAUCAACCUGAUAAACCAAGGAAAAGCAUUGACCGGUUUGGAGGGAUGAUGAGGUCUGUCAAAUUGUGCAAUAUUGACUGCUUCAAAGUAACUUCCACUUCUGGGAGCUGAAAAUAGUGGAAGUUUUGCUGUGAAAGGUGUACUCAUUUGGGUGAGGGUUGUUCACACUGAGUUGUUGCUUGAGAAGAAAUGAUCAUUCAUUCACGACCCCUUCGAGUUUUCAAAGCCAAUCAUUUGUUACAUGAAGAAUUCUACUCAUGCAGAGUAUCAUUGAACACCGUUGUUACAAUGUACAUAUGUUGUACCAUUACACUGCCGUAGUUUUCUUUUUCAUAGAAACAUUUCAUAGAUAUGAACCAACUAAACUGGGAAUUUUGUCUUCACCCUGGGAAGUAUGUUACUUCAUCGUUUCGUCAUAGAUCUUGAGUUUGAAAUGUUCCACUGAAUCAUUUAAUGUAAUCAUCACCUUUGUCCAGUUCA